AUGGCUUAUUUCAUGUUAAAACUGAGAUUCCAUAACUAUUUAAAUAAAUUUAGCAACAAUAUACAUAAGAAUGGCUUCUCUACACUUAUUUUUACAAGAGUAUUAUCGCAAAAUACAAUUGGCUCUAGCUAUGAUGAGUAUUCACACAUUAAAUUGAGAAACAAGAUACCAAGUUUUAGGAAAACGAAUAGGUCAGUCAUCGGCUACAGCGCAUUUCAAUCGCACAAUUUUACCACAAAUGUGACUUCAAAAUUAAACUGGGAUAACCACUGCCAAUUAAUUGUGGAGUUGAUAAAGGAAUCGGAUUUUGUGGCCCUAGAUGUGGAGUACACAGGCUUACACAUAAAGGAUGAACGGUUCAUUGGAGUAGAAAAAUGUUAUGAAUCGCACGUAUCAGGAGCAAAAAAGUUUAUUCCCUGUCAAAUUGGGUUGACAAUGGCAAGAUUUGAAGGAGGAACGUGGAAAGUAACACCCACCUCGAUCUUUACCAUACCCUCAGAUGGUAAUACAUUCUCAGUAAAUAUGUCCACGUUGAACUUUCUGAAGGAUAACAAUUUCGACUUUAAUAGCUGGAUCAGGCACGGAAUAUGCCACCUGAAGCCGAAGGAGGAGGAGGAAAGGAAGAGUUUAAUCUUAUCAAAACUGGCACACAUAGAUGAGUUGACGAGAGGAAUAAACAAGGAAGAUGAGGAAUUUAAAGUGAACGAGUAUGAUUUGACGAACAUACAAGACUUGGAGGACAGAAAGACCGUUGAGGAAGUGGUGAAGAGAGUGGAGGGUUGGCUAUUUUCACAGGACAAGAAGCCGCUGGAAUUUGAAGUGGAAAGCGCGUUUCUGAGACUACUGAUCCACUCAGUGAUAUCGAUUAAGUUCCCAAACAUCUACAGCAAUUCAUGCAAGAAGGAUGAUAGGAAGCUGGUGAGGGUGUAUAAAUCGCAACGGGAGCUGUUGGAGAGUGACAGAGCAACACUGUUGUCGGAACUGAGCGAAAUAGAAAGAGAGGUGGGACUGCGCACGCUAUUCGACACAAUAAGUAGCCACAAGAAGAUACUGGUGGGCCACAACUGCUUCUACGACAUACUGCACGUGUACCAGACGUUCUACGGGGACCUGCCGGACACAGUGGAAAGCUUCAAGGCGGAGUGGCUGAAGGUGUUUCCGAAAGUGUUUGACACGAAGUACAUCUCGGAGUUCUUCCACAUCCUGAACCCGCAGAGCUCCCUGAAAAUGCUGUACGAGUCAGUGCUGAGCAGCUCCACCAGCAGAGUUGAAGUGGAAGCCCUACCAGGCACGAAGUGGGACAUAACGCUGCCAGGGUCAAGGAGAGGCGUCAUCGAUGACAUCGGCGACAGGGGCGCCACAGAGGGCGUUGUGAAAAAAUUCGAUGAACACGAUGCUGGAUACGACAGCUUCAUGACAGGGCUAGUGUUUAUACACCAGCUCGAGGAGGUGAUCAAGUCGAAAAAUGCAACACUGUCAAACUUGGUUAGCACUACUAGUAGUAGCAGCAGUAAGACGAGGACGGUUCCCAAGGUGAUUGAUAGGGUGUUCAGCGAAGUUGGGAACUCAGUGCGGCUAGUAAAGUGCCAGCCGGCAGUGCUGAACAUGGAGACGCAGGAGGAUAUGUCGAGGCACUUCUACAUGUUCGGCUUCCCUAACUCGUGGAAAAAGUGGGAAAUCAUGAAAAUAUGGUCGCCGCUGUGGGUGUCAGUGUCGUGGAUCGACGAAAGCUCGUGCUGGGUCGUGGCCAGGAACCAGGAGGACGUCAAAAACAUCAAUUUAAUAUACAAGAUGAUGAAGAAUCCGCAGUUUAAGCUGUACAACUACGGGCAGUACGUUGAAAGAGUGAGGAAUAACACGCCGGCGGUGGAAUCAUGA